CUCCUCCGCUUCACCGCCGCCAUCCACAACAUCGGCCGCGUGGACUUCCGCCCGGACGCCCCCAAGGCGGCCUGGAUCUGGCACAGCUGCCACCGGCACUACCACAGCAUGGAGGUCUUCGCCCACUUUGACCUCUUCAGCCUGGGCACCGGAGAGAGGGUGGCAGAGGGGCACAAGGCCAGCUUCUGCCUGGAAGAUAAUCUCUGCAAGGAGGACGCCAGCAAACGGUUCGUCUGCGCCAACUACGGCGACCAGGGCAUCAGCGUCGGCUGUGUGGACAUUUACAAGUACGACCUCGACUGCCAGUGGAUCGACAUCACCGACAUCAGCCCGGGCGCCUACCGCCUGCAGGUGCGCAUCAACCCCGAGCAGAAGGUGCCGGAGGCGAACUUCCGCAACAAUGUCGUCAGCUGUCACUUCCUCUACACGCCCAUCGGCGGCCUGGUCACCAACU